AUGUCGAUGAUCGUCCUGAUUGCUCUCCCUCCAUUACUGACCACCGAUUCAGGCAUCGUCUCUGCCCCGUUGUGGGACUCAACCACCUCUACCUACGCUGGACUCCUGACUGUUACCGACUACCUAAAUGUGGUCAGGUACUACAAUCUUCAUGCCGAUAAGCUGAAAGACAUUGAUAAAUUGGUCCUGAGUGAUCUAAAAGAUGUUGAAAAAGUGCUUAAUGUCAAGGCUCCGGAGACUUUAUCCGUCUCACCGGAGGCAGUCCUGUACGAUGCCUUGCGCAAACAACUCGUCUCUCGUGCUCGACGUAUCCCGCUGGUGUCUUACGACAGCGAUACUCAACGGACCUUGGUCACGAGUGUCAUUACCCAAUACAGAAUUCUCAAGUUCAUCGCCAUGAACGUCAAGGAGACGGAUAUGCUCAGAAAACCCCUGGAAACCAUCAAACUGGGGACGUAUGGGAGCAUUGUGCGCUGUAGCAUGGACACAACUGUACUCGAUGUCGUCGAUGAGAUGGUGACCAAGAACAUCUCGAGUGUUCCGGUUGUCACAACCGAGGGUAUUUUGUUGAAUGUAUUUGAGGCAGUAGACGUCAUUGAAAUCCUUAAGACGGGUGACUAUGGCAAUCUCACGUGGACAGUUGGCAAGGCGCUUUCAGCACGAUCACAACAUCAUCCAGGCAUUUAUUGUUGUUCGUUUGAGGAUGGACUAGACACAAUUUUCGAAACCAUCAAGAAAUCCCGGGUUCACCGGCUGAUGAUAGUGGACGAUAACAAUUAUCUCAAGGGAAUUCUGUCACUCAGCGACAUAUUGCAUUACCUUCUAGUCGAAGGCCAGGAAGAAACCAACCAUGCAUAA